AAGACGGAGCGGGCUCUGCGCCGGGCGGGCGGGCGGCGGCGGGGGGGCCAGCGACCGCAGCCGGGGGGACGCGGGAGGAUGGAGCAAGUGGAGAUCCUGAAGAAAUUCAUCCAGAGGGUCCAGGCCAUGAAGAGUCCGGACCACAAUGGGGAGGACAACUUCGCCCGGGACUUCAUGAGAUUAAGAAGAUUGUCUACCAAAUAUAGAACAGAAAAGAUUUAUCCCACAGUCACUGGAGAAAAAGAAGAAAAUGUUAAAAAGAACAGAUACAAGGACAUACUACCAUUUGAUCACAGCAGAGUUAAGUUGACUUUAAAGACUCCUUCUCAAGAUUCAGACUAUAUCAAUGCAAAUUUUAUUAAGGGUGUAUAUGGGCCAAAAGCAUAUGUGGCAACUCAAGGACCUUUGGCAAAUACAGUAAUAGACUUUUGGAGGAUGAUAUGGGAGUAUAAUGUUGUAAUCAUUGUUAUGGCUUGCCGAGAAUUUGAGAUGGGAAGGAAAAAAUGUGAGCGUUACUGGCCUUUGUAUGGAGAAGACCCUAUAACAUUUGCACCAUUUAAAAUUUCUUGUGAAGCCGAACAAGCAAGAACAGACUACUUUAUUAGGACACUGCUACUUGAAUUUCAAAAUGAAUCUCGUAGACUCUAUCAGUUUCAUUAUGUGAACUGGCCAGACCAUGAUGUCCCUUCAUCAUUUGAUUCUAUCCUGGACAUGAUAAGCUUAAUGAGAAAAUACCAAGAGCAUGAAGAUGUACCUAUUUGUAUUCAUUGCAGUGCAGGUUGUGGACGAACAGGUGCCAUUUGUGCUAUAGAUUAUACAUGGAAUUUACUGAAAGCUGGGAAAAUACCAGAAGAAUUUAAUGUAUUUAAUUUAAUACAAGAAAUGAGAACACAAAGGCAUUCUGCAGUACAAACAAAGGAGCAAUAUGAGCUUGUUCAUAGAGCUAUAGCCCAACUGUUUGAAAAACAGCUACAGCUAUAUGAAAUUCAUGGAACUCAGAAAAUCGCUGAUGGAGUGAAUGAAAUUAAUACUGAAAAUAUGGUUAGUUCCAUAGAUUCUGAAAAACAAGAUUCUCCUCCUCCAAAACCACCAAGGACCCGAAGUUGCCUUGUUGAAGGUGAUGCAAAGGAAGAAAUACUGCAGCCUCCAGAACCUCACCCAGUACCACCCAUCUUGACACCUUCUCCCCCUUCAGCUUUUCCGACAGUUACUACGGUGUGGCAGGACAAUGACAGAUACCAUCCAAAGCCAGUGUUACAUAUGGUUUCAUCAGAACAACAUUCAACAGAUCUCAACAGAAACUUUAAUAAAGCCACAGAACUUCCAGGGAAAAAUGAAUCAACUAUUGAACAGAUAGAGAAAAAAUUGGAGCGAAAUUUAAGUUUUGAAAUUAAGAAGGUCCCUCUCCAAGAAGGACCAAAAAGUUUUGAAGGGAACACACUCUUGAAUCGGGGACAUGCAAUUAAAAUUAAAUCUGCUUCACCUUGUAUAGCUGAUAAGAUCUCUAAGCCACAGGACUUGAAUUCAGGGGAUUUAAAAGUUGAUGAAAUGUCUCAGAAUUCUUGUGUGGACUGCAAUUUAAUAAAGUCAAAUAAAGCUCCAGCUUCUCCAUCGGAAGAAACCCAGAAGAGUUCGGACACACCUCCAAGGCCAGACUGUUUGCCUCUUGAUGAGCAGGGACAUGCAGUGUGGCCAUUUCAUGGACCUGAAAAUGCCCUACUCAUGCCUGAUUCCUCUGAAAGCAAAUCCUCUGAUAACCAUUGUCAAACUGCUAAAACUGUGAGUUCAACACCAAGCCCGUCAACAAAAGUUGACACCCAUGAUCAUGUGGAUCAUGACAGUUCACCUCUCUUCGGAGCACCCCUCAGUUUUACUAAUCCUCUUCACUCUGAUGACUCAGAUUCAGAUGAAAGGAACUCUGAUGGUGCUGUGACUAAAACUAGUAUUUCUACAGCAAGUGCCACAGUUUCUGCUGCCACUGGUACUGAAAGCAUUUCUACUAGGAAAGUGUUGCCAAUGUCCAUUGCUAGACAUGAUACAGCAGGAACGGUACAUUCAGGUGCUGAAAAAGAUGUAGAUAUUAGUGAAGAUUCACCUCCUCCUUUACCUGAAAGAACUCCUGAAUCUUUUGAAUUAGCCAGCGAACACAAUACAUCUUUAAGAAAUGAACGGCAUAAACCUCAAAGUCAAGGACAGUCUGAAGGAAAGAUUGAAGGCUUGAUAACCCCUGGAAAUGAAAAAUGUGAUCAUUCAGUAGGAGGUAUUCACACUGAGACUUGCAUAGACUGCUCACCUACUUUCAGUGACAAGAAAGAUCAUCUGUCUGAAAGUCCAGCGGAAGCCACAGACAUUGGUUUUGGCAAUCGUUGUGGAAAACCCAAAGGACCAAGAGAUCCACCUUCAGAAUGGACAUGA